AUGCUUACACCGGAAAAUAACUCUGAAAAUAAACCCGAUUUGAUGAAAGGUGGUAGCCGACACCUUUCAAAACGUGCGGAUGGCACGCUUUGUAUGGUGGUCGUUGACCCUGCCACCCGGAAGCUUUUGAUUCCCUGCAAUUUCAUCUACGCCACCCGGGCCCAGCAUCGCGCGACAAUUCCAAGCCUUUGCCAACUGUUUCUUCAUGGCCGGUGUCGCCAAGGCACCCAGUGCCACCAGGUUCAUGCAAGCCUGGAUGCGGUUGUGGCACUGCGAAGUCGAGUGGGAAAACUUCCGUGCUGCUGUGUAUUUCAUGGUGAUGAAGACAUUGCUGACGUGCUGAAUGAGCGUUCUUGGCUUUCGAAGGUGGUGCUUUACGUUCCUGAGGUCAGUUUUGAAGGUGGCUACAUCCCGCUGAGCCGCGUCAGUUACACCGUGGCUCUGCAAAGGAUACUGAAGGAGAAACCGGAUCGUGCGAUUUACGAACUUCGUGAAGAAAGUACCUGCGGCGAAAAUGAUGUGCGACCCGGAAAUUCACGAUUGAUUAUAGACGCCAGCGAUCAAUCCCUAUGCCGUUUACAUAUUUUUGAUCGGUGCCGAUAUGCGGAAGAAUGCAGAUUUUUGCACUUGUGCAAAGAAGUAACGAGUUCUUCCUACACCUCGCAGGGCCAUGGGGACGCCAAUUUCAAUUCCAGAGGCCAUCACAACACGUCGGUCUUUACUGCCAUUUCACUUCAGCAGCAACUUCGAGGGUAUCCUAUUCAUUGCUCCAAAAAUGAACCGAUGGUGGGCGACGAACACUCUCUGCCGUUGCCAUUGGCCCCUAACAACUCAUGGAGAUCAUCUGCCGAUUCAUCCUGGUCCGUACAUUGCCAAUCCAAGGUGCCUGGUACAAAAGAAAUGGGGAGAACAAGAACAGCGAUGAUGGCCCAAUCUCGCAUGCAAUCAAUUUCCGCCCCGAAGACACCGGAAGGAAGCUUCUCUGCAGCAGCUGCGGAAGGUAGCUUGCAGGGUUUGUCGUACUCGGAGACAAAUUAUAACAUGAACUCGUCAUCUUCGGAUCCGGGGUUAUUGUUUUCAGUACCAUCUCCUAAAGCAUGUGUGCGUCGGGUACCGCCCAGUAUUAAAAUUUCGCUGAGUUUGUGUGAAAGCGAUGCUGACAUGGACAAUGACCGCCCAGCUGGGGACGAUCUUCCUUUAUCGUCGUCCCCAGAAGUCAGUUCGAGGCAUCCUGUGGCUUCUAGAGGAGGUGUUUUGAGACGCCACUGGCAGCACAACCCUUACAGCAGCACGCCGUUUAUUUGGUUUGAGAGUGGAGCCGUUUAG